AUGGAACUUGAAAGAAGAAAAACCAAGAAGUAUACUUUCAAUAUUUUAAAGGUAGAAGAGUUGAGAAAGUUAGGAUCCUUAAUUGUUGAUCAAGAUAAGUUCUAUGACAAGUAUGGAAGGUUGUUGUAUCUCCUCAAGACAAAGAUGAAGGAAGGAAUUCUCUCUACAUUGAUCCAAUUCUAUGAUUCCUUUUAUCAUUUUUUCACCUUUCCUGAUUAUCAACUAUUGCUAACCUUGGAAGAAUACUCAAGCAUCAUAGGAUUGCCCAUUACUGGAAGGAUUCCCUUUACUGGUUUGGAAGAAGAUCCCAAGUCUCAUGACAUUGCAAAGUUCACCCACUUAAGGAAGGAUGAGUUUGAGAAGAAUAUGGCUACCAAAGGACUGCCUGCUCAGUUUUUGAUAGAGAAAGCUCUCUCCUUGUCACAAGAAAGAAAGGAAGAUGACUUUGAAGCUGUAUUUUCCCUGUUGGUUUAUGGAUUGUUCUUGUUCCCAAAUAUUGACGACUUUGUUGAUAUGAAUGCCAUCAUAAUCUUUAUGAAAGGGAACCCUGUUCCUACCUUGCUAGGGGACACUUACUACUCCAUUCACUUGAUAAAUUCUUAUGGAAAGGGAAUGAUCACAUGUUGUACUCCUUUGCUAUAUAAGUGGUACAUCUCUCAUUUUCCAAAUACCAAUAAUUUUUGGGACCUUCAAGAAGGACAAAGAUGGUCACAAAAGAUCAUGACUCUAACCAACCCUGAUAUUGAUUGGACCAAGAACUAA